AGUGUGAUUUUCACAUGCUGGACACACCGCGACCCUCCUGGUUGUUUUAGUACCGGCGUGUUUCGGAAUUAUCUGGCUGAGUGGGAUUUUGUCGGGAAGGCGCACUGAGAUGUUGCUGAAGUUGAUGGUGUUGUGGAUUUGCUGGAUCGGAGUGAGAUCUGAGUUUGAUGGGAGGUGGCCCAUGCCGAUGGCAUCGUCCAACGGUCUGUGCCGGUACGGAGCCCGAGUCGACUGCUGCUGGGGCUGGACCCGACGUUCCUGGUCGCACUGCCAACCCGUAUGUCAGCAUGGAUGCAAACACGGAGAAUGCGUCGGACCCAACAAGUGCACGUGCCACCCGGGAUUCACAGGAAAGACCUGCAACCAAGAUCUGAACGAGUGUGGCCUGAAGCCUCGGCCCUGUAAACACAGGUGCAUGAACACGUACGGCAGCUACAAGUGCUACUGCCUUAACGGCUACAUGCUUCAGCCUGACGGGACCUGCGGAAACGGCAGGACGUGUGCCAUGGCGAACUGCCAGUACGGCUGUGAGGUGAUGAAAGGAGAAGUCCGCUGUCAGUGCCCAUCGCCCGGUCUGCAGCUCGCCCCAGAUGGUCGGACAUGCGUAGACGUGGAUGAGUGUGUGACAGGACAAGGCGUUUGCCCGCGUUUCCGCAAGUGCGUCAACACGUUCGGGAGUUACAUCUGCAAGUGCCACGACGGCUUCGACCUGCAGUACAUCAAUGCAAAAUACCAGUGCGUAGAUGUGGACGAGUGCUCGAGCGGUCGGCACACAUGUGGUCUGUACUCCAACUGCUACAACGUCCCGGGCUCCUUCAAAUGCAAGUGUAAGGACGGGUUCCGCAGCGGCACCGGCCAGGACUGUAAACCCAUCCCCAAAGUGAUCAUCGAUCCUCCCCAGCCUGGAAAGACCACACCCGCUAACAACAACAACAGGAUUCCAGAAACAGAGCAUAAAAGACCAAGAAUUACUGUUUUUGACAAGACCACGUCAGCAACGAUCAAAACUCCUGUACCUCCAAAGAAAGUCCUCCCAACACCCAAAAGGCCAAUUAUCCCAACCCGCAGACCACCAGUCAUCCAUCCCAAACCACCCGUAACCCCACCCAGACCACCAGUCAUCCAUCCCAAACCACCCGUAACCCCACCCAGACCACCAGUGAUCCAUCCCAAACCCCCCGUAACCCCUCCUAAGCCGGCUUUGAUCACCCCCAAGCCCUACGUUCCGACCCGCCGCCCUGUGCCUGCGGUGACGCCGGGCCCACCGGUCACGACCGUGGAUAACACCAUUCAUAAAGACGUUCCUGAUAAACAGAGAGGAGACGUCCACAUACCACGGACUCAUGAUCGGAACAACAAUCUGGGCAUUGACUUGGAUAUUGAACUGGGAAACACUGAAGAAGAGCUUCGAGACGACCCAGAUUCUGGAUAUCUGAGCUGUUCAUUUGAUCAUGGACUGUGUGACUGGAUCCAGAGGAGAGAAGGAGAUGUGCACUGGGACACAGUACCAGAUCCUGCAGGAGGAAAGUACCUGACCAUCUCGGAGGUGCCGGGUAAGCGAAGCGGCCGCGGCGCUCAGCUCGUCCUCCCGCUGGCGUCCCCCUGGAGUGAGGGUAACCUGUGCCUGGCUUUCCGCCACAAGCUGGCGGGCCACCACGUGGGCAUGCUGCAGGUGUUUGUACAGAAGGGUCGGCAGCACAGUCCAGCUGUGUGGGGUCGAACAGGAGGAAACGGCUGGAGGACGACACAGAUCACGCUGUGGGGCAGCGGACUGGAGAGUGUUAUUGUGAAGGGCGAGAGGCGGAGAGGCCACACCGGCGAGAUGGCGCUGGACGACAUCAGUCUGAGGACGGGCGUCUGUCAGGAAGAGUACAACCUGAGGAGACUCUAACACAAACACAAUCAGAGACCCUGUCAUCCCAUUAUUAUCUGUUCACUUCAGAAACGGGGAUGUUCCUCCUCCCGGGACGUCCCUACAGGCCGAGUGCGCUCUUUGAAGCAGCGAUUCUCUUAUGGUAGCCGGAUUGAUUUGUGAAUAUAUAUUUAAAAAAAAACAUUAUUUGGGAUAAUAAAUUGUUGAUUUUUUUGUAGACGCUCUUUACUUUCUGACAUGUAUAGUAAUAGGAUUAUUUAACCGGCUGCACUAUGGCCGCACGCUUGCUCCUGAGACUGCCUUUAUAAAGCCUUAAACCAGCCAGCGAGAGCGAGAGCCGCGUGCUUCUGAGCAGCUCAGAUCCGAGAGAACCUUUUUCUGUUGUGUUAUUGUAAAUGUAUCAGUGUGUAAAUAUAUAAGCAGUUAUAUUUGAAGAAUGUUUGCAUUAUACUUUACUGGUGCAAAAUGACAGCCAGUGAAUUCAGUGUACACUUACCGGCCACUUGAAUAGGUUCACCCGUCUUGUGAUCGCUCAGUGGUUAAGGUACUGGACUAGUAAACAGAAGGUUGCCGGUUCAAGCCCUGCCACCACCAAGUUGCCACUGUUGGGUCCCUGAGCAAGGCCCUUAACCCUCAAUUGCUCAUUGUGUA